UCACUUCUUCCUCGCUUUCUAAAUUCUACCAUCACAAUAAUGCUGCAGCUGGUCCUUCUCUGUUCUUCCUCUUUUUAUUCCGAAGAGAGUAUCACGGCAUAAUUAGGUUGAUGACAAAUUUGGCUCCAAUGGACGACCAUUUAAGAACCCGAGGUUCACAGGACCACUAGUUUCCGUUCCUGGUCCUGAGGGUUUUGCAACAAAAUAAAUCAUUUCUAUCUUAGAGGCAGCAAGUCCAGCAGCCACUUGUUCGGGCGAUCUUUACUUUCGUCCCCUCCAAACCGGUUCACAGGGUUGAUUGUACAGAAUGACGAAUGCGCAAAUCGUUUUGCUGACUCGCCGGUUGCUGCGCUUUUGCCUUAUCCGCACUGUGAAACCAGGAACGCAACAUCUACGUCAGAACUGAGGAAUUCAGAAUGCGGAAAUAUCCCAUUUACAUAUCCUGAGCCACCUACGUCACCUUUCUCCACCUCUUUUCGAUGCUCUUAUAAAGCCCAUCUCGAACAUUGGGACAUAACUUCCACACAUUAUUUUCAUCAUGACUUCUUACCUCUCGUCUGCUGGAAAAGGAGUAACAGAUUUUGGACAAGGAGUCGGGAAGGGCGUAGGGGAGGUCGGAAAGGGCGUUGGCAGAGGCGUCGGGGAAAUCGGCAAGGGCGUUGGUAUCGGGGGUGGAGGCGAGGUUUCGAAUGCUGAUGGCAACGCCACGACAUCCAGUGCUAGUGAGGGACAGGCGCAAGGGGCGGAGCGCAAUAACGGUGCACAGGGCACCGCUAAUCCCGCUCAGCCUGCAGGUGGCAACACCAACACCAACACCAACACCAAUGGCACACAAAACCAGGCUACAUCGGAAGGUGGAAGUGGUGGGGGAGGAUUAAGAGGUGCUUUCAAUAGUAUCGGCGGCACACUUGGUACUAUCACCAACGCCUCCAUGGGAAUAGCUGGAACGCUAUCGAAAACAACUAUGGAUCUCAAUCGUAACGUUGCUAAAGGUGUAGGCGUUAUUGGAGGCACAGCUGUUGAACAAGUCGUCAACAUCGCAUCCUCGACAACCGAUAACAUUCUGUCCCCUAUCGCCAACAGUCUCAAAGCCGUCGAAGGACUGGAAGCAUUAGGCGAAGGCGUUGACUCUAUCAAUGGUCUUUCGACACAGGCUCUACAAGGGAUCGCAAGCGCAACAAAGAAGGCGUUGGAUACCGCUGGAAAGACCCCUACAUUCUUCGACCCAGAUGGAGACGGCAUCGUAAAGUUGAGCGAUACUUGCAAAGGCUUCGUAGCCAUCGGCCUCGAGGAGAAUUACGCCAAAGCCGCUGCAUACGCGUUACAUUCGACGUUUAGCUACCCCACCUCAGAAUCAUGGAAUCCCGUUCCACUUAUCCACCCCAAAUCCGGAUAUGAAUUCCCCAUCAAGAUUGAGAAUAUGGUCAAGACGAAGUGGGGAAAGAAUUGGGGGAACUUUGAGAGGGUAGAUUGGGUGCAGGAUGCAGAUAUUGAGAGGUUCUUCGGCCUUCGGGAACGAACGACAUGGACUGAGUACUGGACGGAUGUUAAAUCCUAUUUUGGCACUGCACUCCUCAUCUUUGAAUGGGGAACCACUUGGCCGUACAUGUCAGUCCCUGGAUCAAACCUCGCUGCUGGCGAGAUUGGAGCAAUCUUGAGGACUGUAAUCUUACCGACGAUUGCCAAGACCCAUGAGAAUGCCGAAAAGAAAGAAGGAAAACAGCCAAAGAAGGAGGAGAUGCCCGCACCUCCUCCGUUACAAGAGCAGAAAGAAGAAGUGAAGGCGUGAAGAUCUAUUUUUUUUGAUGUGGCCUGUACUAUGAUAUUAUCUUUGUGUAUUUAGUCUAUGCUGUAGCCGUAAACUCUGUACCAUACCUACUCGGAUGUUGCUAAUGACGAA